AUGGCUGUAGAUCCAAAGCCAAAUGUCUCGUUAAGGGAGAUUUUCGACAUCAACGCGGUGUCAGGGGAAAUCACCCUGAAGGCGUUUCUCGACCGAGAGGUGACUGGAAACUUCAUACGCAUCACACUACUGGCUGCUUUUGGGGAAGUCCCGCGCAAAACUGGCACUGCCACUCUUACUAUCAACGUGUUGGAUGUCAACGACAACAGCCCCAAAUUUAGCACGGACUCUCUAACUCUGAAUAUAAAUGAGUCUUCUUGCAGCGCAGGUCAAGUCGUGUACAAUGUCACAGCACACGAUGCUGACGCACCUCCCAACAACAUUAUCGUGUACAGCCUCCUUCAGUUGUCUCCAGACACACCGCUUAAGGUUGAUAACUCGAGUGGACAGCUGAGCCUAAAUGCUUCCCUGUGCGGUGUCCAGAAUGAAACAAUUACGGCAAUAGUGAAGGCAACAGAUAUGCUGGACCCGGAAAAGAAAAACAUCAUAACUCUUCGGAUCAAGGUCAAUGGAAAAGAUCCUAACCCAAACGCACCAACCUUCCUGAAAGACAAGUACCAGAGCGUUCUUUCGUUUGACGCCAGCGUGGACUCCACCCUCACCAUCAUCGACUUCGAAGCCAAAGACAAAGACGAAUCUCAAAACAUCACCUACUCCAUUGUAAAUGGAAACUUUAGGGAACUGUUCACGUUCGACAGCGAAACACGUGUGUUCAGACUCAAGUAUCCAAUCGAUGUAACUGUGCCCAACAUUGUGAACAUCACUGUUAAGGCUACAGACUCGGGAGACUUCCCUCUUGUCUACAGCAAAACUGGGUAUGCAGAGGUGCAAAUAAAAAUCACCGAAAGAAGUAAACAAUGCUACACACCUGGAGAGGUCUCGGCCCUGAGCAACCAGGCAGACAAGUUCCAGCUGUUCCAGAGUCUCUUCAUCGCAGUCGUCAUUCUUCUUGUUAUCGCCAUUAUCACCUCUGUGAUAUUUAUAUACAAGUGGAGGACAGCAGUCUCCGCGGCAGCUUCCCGUACAGCUCCAGGCAACUCUCGAUCUGCACAUUAUCUCAUGGAGCCUAAACUUACCAACACGAGCAAGACUACGACUAGUGUCAAUACCCCAGGCAAGCUUGUCUACAACUUGGAAGCAAGUUUUUCAUGGUUUUUCCACAUCAAAUUCUCUGGUUCUCUGCGUGAUGGGAGGUUUCCCCCACAGCUUCCUAGACGAAGUAAUGAAGUACGUUCCGGCCAGAUGGACAGCGGGGAUUCCGGCAUCGCCACCCAGCAGCUUGAUUCUGGCCAGUCCUUUGACAGCGCUGGCUACCUCACUCCUUCCGAUAGGCAGUACGAUUCUUGGGAAGACGAAGGUCAAGACAGGAGAGCAGGCUACCUUUCUGCGAUACCCGAACCUACUCGCCAUACGUUUCAUAGUUCGGGUAGUGAGGUGGACAAUCAGCAGCACGGAACCUACCUAAAGGCCGUCGUGGAGCCCUCAACAUCUCAUGAGAGGUCUCGCGGCACUUACUUGAACCCCGUUCAAGUGUCACAGGAAGGUCAGCGCCCAACGGCUUCUCCCUUCUUUCCUCCUUCCUCGCCUUCAGAUUUUGACCCGGACAACAACAGGGCUGGCGUUGAAUUCUCUUGGAGAGGAGGGGAGUGGAAUGACGACAUUCCACCAGAAGCUUUCAGGCGCCCUACACCUUCUGGUUUUCCUCGAAGGCCAUGGAACAACCCUGUCGGCUCAAGUCGCCCAGGGUUCGUGGUUCGUUCCCCGGGGCACGUGGAGCCACAGCAUGCACAUGAUCCUUUUGGUCGCAGCAGUGAAGACGUUGGAGGAAGCAGAAUCUGA